ACUUUGAAAUAUUUGCGGCAGAAAUCAGGAGUCUCCUCGGUCUUUAGACUAAAGUUUCUUCAAAGUACUGCGAACAUUAGAUUUAAGAGAGUGUGAGAAGUGAGUUUAAUAAUGUAUUCCAAACCGCUAGAGCUUCUAUGGACCGCUCCAGAACUGCUCCGCGACCCCAGCUCGAGAAAAAAAGGCACCCAGCCUGGGGACGUUUACUCUUUCGGGAUAAUUCUGCAGGAAGUGGUGGUGCGAGGAGAGCCUUUCUGCAUGCUCGCCCUAACGCCUGAAGAAAUAAUCGAAAAAUUGCAACAUCCUCCACCGCUGAUCCGGCCAUCGGUGAGCAAAGGAGCCGCUCCACCGGAAGCCAUCAACAUCAUGCGCCAGUGUUGGGCGGAACAGGCGGAUAUGCGCCCUGACUUCAACGCCGUCCAUGAACAAUUCAAAAAGCUGAACCAUGGAAGGAAAGUGAACAUCGUGGACACCAUGUUCCAGAUGCUGGAGAAAUACUCCAACAACUUGGAAGAGCUGAUUCGGGAGAGGACGGAGCAGUUGGAUUUUGAGAAGAAAAAGACCGAGCAGCUGCUCAACAGGAUGUUGCCUAAUUACGUGGCCGAGAAGUUGAAGUUGGGCAUGCCCGUCGAUCCAGAGGAGUACGAAGAAGUGACGAUUUAUUUCUCGGAUAUCGUCGGUUUUACGACGAUAUCAGUGCAUUCCACUCCGUUCCAGGUGGUUGAUCUGCUCAACGACUUGUACACGUGCUUCGAUGCCACCAUAAAUGCAUAUAACGUGUACAAAGUGGAGACAAUUGGGGACGCUUACAUGGUAGUUGGAGGAUUGCCAGUGAGAAUUCCAAACCAUGCGGAACAGGUUGGUGAAAUAUUCCAAUUGGGACACUGACAUUCAAGCAGUUUUUGCCCCGUUUAGAGGGGGUUCCAUAAAAACCGUAAUUCCACAUUUUCUUCUAGUUUUGUUGGCCCGUUUGCUUCGUCCAAUUUAUCAAACUUUCCAUUACCAGCCGCCCCCAAUAGCAACAUUCCUCGACAGCAUCCACCCUUCCACUUUCAUGGCAAUAAAAACAAAUCGCAUUUCGCCCUCGAACUGUCCAUAUUCGCUCGUCUAAAAGUUACUGAACCCGCUUCCAGGCCGCAUAAAGGCUCCAUUUUUCCGCAACUCAUCCAUUAGCGUUAUUAAAAUCUCGCAUCGCGUCCUAAACUGUAUCGAUGUCAUGCAAUUAUGCAACCGGAACGAUCUGUCGCA